CAAUAGACAUUUUUGUCUCUAUAGACUGAGGCAUCAGCAGAGACGCGCGAGGGGGAGGUGGAGUGCGGGUGAGGGUAAGCGUUACGUUAGUUAAGUUAAGGUGUUAUCGAGUUUGGUACAUGGACGAAGUGAUGACCAUGGCGGAUGUCGCGGCCAACACGCAAGGAUCAGCCACCGCCUCUUCCUCCCUCCCUUCCAAUUUCCCUCUCAUCUCCGCCUUCCUCUCCUUUGCCCUCGCACAGUUCCUCAAGAUCUUCACCACCUGGUGCGUUUCUCCGUUUCUUACACCUCCACCGACGCAUAUUCAGGUAUAAGGAAAAGCGAUGGGAUUCUAAAAGGAUGCUUGAUUCGGGUGGAAUGCCUUCUUCACAUUCUGCAACGGUGUCGGCUCUGGCUGUUGCUAUAGGUCUCCAAGAAGGGGCAGGGUCAUCUGCUUUUGCGGUUGCCGUGGUCUUGGCAUGUAUUGUUAUGUAUGAUGCGUCAGGAGUUAGACUUCAUGCAGGUCGGCAAGCAGAAUUGCUUAAUCAAAUUGUGUGCGAACUACCUCCUGAGCAUCCUUUGUCGAAUGUCAGACCGCUGCGUGAUUCACUUGGUCAUACUCCAUUUCAGGUUCUUGCUGGUGGCUUAUUGGGAUGCAUUAUAGCAUUUCUUAUGAGAAAAUCAAAUUAAGAUCCUUGUGAUGUGGCAUAUACUAGUCUUCAGUGUCAAAAUUGUCGGUGCAUUAACGAAACGAGAGCAUCAUGGAAAGUAUAUAAAAAGCUGUUGAUGCAAGUAUGCAAGUGUAUAAAGUGCGUUGAUGGUUCCUCUGGUAGAUCCUGCGUCCAGACUUUUGGACAUUCAGAUUUCUCUUGUACACAUUAAUUAAUCGGUUUGUUAGUCCUGUCUUAAUUGAUCGUUUAACACAAUUUGGGAUCACACUGGCUAUAUUCUUUGGCUUGUUGCAAAGCACUCAAGGUUACAUUUUAUGUUUCAUCCUUAAGUAGAUUAAUAUUUAUGUUUCUACAUGGUUAUGACAAUUUUGUUUUUCAAGUUUUAAGCGUCUGAAUUAUACUUUUUGUGUCA